AUGCCACCUCCUGUGCAUCGUCCGAUCGAGCCAACUUCUGAUCAGCCCACCUCGCCUCACGCUGUCGUCAAUGCUCUCCCUCUCCGCGUCUCUGCGGCGCGGCGGAAAAUGUGCGAGCGUGACACGCCCGUGCCGCAUGUUGUGCUGAGAGGCGUUGCGCGUGAGGGAGGAUCCCGUGCGCCUUUCCCACCACCAAUCGCGGCUGUGGCUCACAUCCGGACCUCCAUGAUCCCGUCGAUGAUGAUGAUGCAAGUCACUGCUAUACCCCACACACCUCAAUUUCCUGGACCUUUCCGGCCUGACGCUUCCAGACUAGCGGAAAUCCUGCGAAUAUUGGAAAUCCGGACCGCAUGGCCAUGCAUCGCACCAAUGGGAAGACAUCCCAAGCGAGGAGACAGCAAGGCUGUCGGCGCUACUGGAUCUGGCCGCACCGAUCUUGGUCAGUGGCCUGAGCAGGAUAGUGUUUCGGCGCCAAUCCCGCUCGGGCGUCGUUUGGCUGCGGGUUGCGAGUCUAUCUCAACUGCAAUCGAAGCCUCGGUCGGUGGGCGCCGCAGGUGGGCUUUUGCAUUCUCGAGUCCAGACCCGGAGUUCGCGACCGAGCAUUAUUGCGUACGCGGUCACGUCAUGGACAAUGCUGACGAUCAGUCUCACUUUUAA